UAAGGAGAGGCUGGAGAGAGAGAGAAAAAGUGAGCGAGCGAGCGAGUCCCACACUUCCUGGUCCGUCACUUAAAGCGUUUGCGGCAACUCGCUUGGAGGAUGUCAAGCCAAACACUCGGGCCGAAGCGGACUACACAGGGAGCGCCUUCACACCCCGGCCUCUGCACUAUGAUCACCACCACGAGGAAUAUUUUUAUGGGCAGGAAGAGGAAAAGAGCUAACCCAGGCUCCAAGAGUGUCGAGCAGGGAACUGAAAGCGUGGUCAAGUCCAACCCUUCUAAAAGGCAUCGCGACCGGCUCAACAUAGAAUUUGACAACCUACUGAGUCUGCUUCCAACCACUGAGGAUGUUGCUGGGAGGCUGGACAAACUGUCCGUGUUGCGUCUCAGCGUCAGCUGCCUCCGCCUUAAAAGAUUCUUUGAUGUUGCUUUGGGACAAAGGAAGGAGAGUCUUACAGAGCAGCCUGGCAUCAAUGGAAUGGAUAAGCUGUUCCAAAACCUCGGCAACUUAAUGCUGUCAGAAGGGGACCUGAUACUACAGGCUCUGAAUGGAUUUGUCCUGGUAGUGACAGCAGAAGGUGACAUCUUCUAUGCAUCUCCCACUGUGCAGGAGUACCUGGGCUUCCACCAGACUGCUGUCAUGCACCAGCCUGUCUUUGAACUGAUCCAUCCUGAAGAUCGGGAUGAGUUUUGGCGGCAGCUGCACUGGGCACUAAACCCAUCACUGCCUUCCGCUGCGGAUCAAUCAGAACCAGGUAGCACAAGGUGUGAAAUUGUUACCAGAUAUGACCCACAGCAACUCCCACCAGAAAACUCCACCUUCCUAGAGAGGAAGUUUGUGUGUAAGAUGCGAUCUCUCCUCAGCAGCUCCUCUGGCUAUGUGACUCUAAGCAUUGAGGGCAGAUUGAAGUACCUCCAUGGACAGAACAAGCGGGCAGAAGAUGGCUCCCUGCUCCCACCUCAGCUGGCACUGUUUGCCAUUGCAACCCCUCUCCAAGUGCCUUCAAUCCUUGAAAUCCGGACCAAGAGUGCUCUAUUUCAGACCAAACACAAGCUCGACUUUUCACCUCUUGCCUGUGAUGCAAAGGCUAGGAUUGUGCUGGGUUAUUCAGAGCUGGAGCUGUGCAUGAGAGGUUCUGGGUACCAUUUUAUCCACGCACAUGACAUGCUUUACUGUGCUGACAACCAUGUUCGGUUGAUGAAGACAGGAGAGAGUGGAUUGACCAUCUUCAGGCUACUGACAAAAGAGAACAUCUGGAUCUGGGUUCAGGCAAAUGCCCGACUGGUCUAUAAAAAUGGGCAGCCCGAUUGCAUCAUAGCAAAGCAGAGACUUUUAACGGAUAAAGAAGGGAUUGAUCACUUUAGGAAACGCACAAUGCCAUUCCAACUUCCAUUCUCAAGUGGGGAGGCUGUCUUGUAUGAUAGCGUUUCUCCUCUAUUUGAGGUCACCAAUCCAUAUCCGUCUGAGAACGGUAAUUCCUUUGUGGUAAAGAAUGGAUGCACGGAUCCAAACUCAAUCAUUGGAGCCAUGAUGAGCCAAGACAAAGCGGUGUACAUCAGGCACCCAGCAGUGGAGCCCAGGUACUCCUUAAGUCGAAUUGGCAGAGCAGUUGCCAAUGGAUCAACAGUCAAUGCACCAUGUCUCUCAAAUGGAGAGAAGAAUGUAAAAGAGGAAGACCUCGGCAUCGAACAAGAAGAUGACCUAUUGUCCACAUUGGAUGACAUGCUCCAAAGCGAUAAUGGCGAGGGGUUGACUGGCCUCCCUGAUGUACUGGAGAGCUUGGCACCAGAAGACUUAGAGCUCAUGCACUGGGUAGAGAACACAUUGAGCAUGGACGUGGAAUGCCCCCUCAGUGACGUGCUGACAAAUGACCAGGUUUUGUCUUAUGUCCAUGAAUCACUAAAGAAGGAGAGUUCACACCAACAAUCUGAAUUGCAAGAGGAUUUAGGUACCGGGGAUCAAUUGCCUGAAUGCUUGGGGACGUCGCAGAGACAAGCUAAUAGACCGCCUCUGAUAGCACCAUUGCACUUGCAACAGAGCAUGCCAUCAAUUCCUCAACAGUCUUGCAAGGCAAGUUACUUGCCCCAAGAAGCAAUGCAACCUUGUAGUCGAGCACAAAGCAUGCCACAGCAGGACUUGCUUCAGCAGCAGAACAUGCAUUGGCCUCAUUCUCUGCAGCAGCAGUAUGCACAGACCUCUGGUCCCAUGCAGCAACAAUGCAUCCAGCAGUACAGCCUUCAUAAGCAGCGGGCUGUGAGACACGACCCUCAUUUGCAGCCUCCCAGUCAGCAACUGUCAAUGCAGUACCACAACCAGCAGUCAUACCAUUAUCCACAGCAGUCCAACAAUUCAAGUCCAUCCUCGGUCACUGGACUAAAUCCAGCUGCCCCAAUGAACUACAGCAGCAGCAACGGAUACUUGACAACUGCACAGAGCUGUAGAGUUAACCUGCAGCAAAACACAUCCCUAUUUAAUUCACCAUCCAGUGCACCUCCCUGUGUUGCCCCUUCUCAACAGAGCAGAUUUGAUUUCAGUCAUCCAAGCACUGCAGUAGCGAGUCAUGGAUAUGAGAGUUGCAAUCAAGCAGGCUGGUUCCCUGGACCAAACCAACCAAAUGAGAUGGCAUUUCCACAUUUCAGCUCCACAGCAUCUCGUGUGAGUGGGAAGAGUACGAAUCAUCCUGCAUUUCACCCGACACUGACAGUCCCAUUAUCUAACAUGAACAAAUACUCUUACUUGCACCCCGAAGAACAAAGUAGCUGGUGUACUGUUGAUUUGUACAAGAUGACAGAAGAAUCCAAUGGUAUUCUAGGCUUUCACCCCACGGUGAACAGUGCUCCUAUUUUUGGGAAUGGCUCUGCACAGUAAUGGACCAUCAUGCUUUCUGUGAAAGGAUCUGACACUUUUUGUUCCAGGUAUAAACUUGUGAUCCCAACAUCUUGUCAACUAGUGAAGACUCCUUUGGACAUAUCUGAUUCUUAUCAUAAGGGUGGCUUCUUAGAUUUUCCUUCAGAAGAUUUUCUCAAGUGGAGGCUCAAUUUAGUUAAAAUGAGCACUGUGAAUAGUCCUCAACUUGGGUGGCUAUUGGAACAAGAGCAACAGGAAGCGACAGGGCUUUGGAGGUAACCGUAGUAACACAAUAUGACUGAAAGUGAAUUUAUUAUUGCAGCUUUAAGAAAGAUUGUCAUGAAAUGUUUGUUUUGGUGGAUGACAUUUUAGAGGACAGCCUUGCUUUAAUUAAGAAAUUCAACUCUUGAGUACUGUACAUCUUGCUGUUUUUAACUUUUGAAUACAGAAAGGUAAGUUACCCUUUGUGACUGGCAGAUGUUUUAUUUUUAAAAGUACAAGCAUUGGUUCAGGACAGUAGAAACAAAUCAUUCUGGACUAAUCUUUAAAAGCAACUUAAAAUUGGAGGUGUUUUUAAGAUGUUCUAGCCUUUGAGAAUUAAGUUGUUGCUUUAUUUUUUGAAAUGCAUUGUGUAUUGGGGAUCUGAACUGUAAUCGGCCUUAUAACAAUAGUGCAGUCUGUUGAAAUACCUACAAGAGGGUUCCUUACAUAGUAAGCACUGUUUUCUUUUGAAAACAAAAAGCACAGCUUUGAAAAGAAACUCUGAUCCUUUAUUUCAAAGCAAUGCUGGCUUGCAUCUUAAACUUUUUUUCUGAGUUGGAAGAACAUUGCUCAACCGGUUUUGAAAAGAUUUUCAAAAUGAUGCCUGUUAAUAUACAUGGAGAACAGUGUGUGGGAGCAGAAAGCAAGGCACAUGCACUGUGUGAGGUUAUCCUUCCCUUGUAAGUUUAGUAGUACAAAGAAGUCCCUUUGGAAAACCAGGUGGGCCAGUGAACUUUCUAACUCUUAAGCAAGCACACAGAUAACUGUUACCUUUAUGAACAAUAGCAAAGAAGGGUCAUACAAUUUCAAGUGCCUUGUACAUCAUAUAUCUCACCCCACUUGAGAGUGUGCUGCUUAAUCCCUUCCUCCUUAUCUCUCUUUGGAGGGAUCCACUCAAUUGGAUAACUGAAACUAUUCCUGGGGAAAACACUGGCCCUGAUUAAAGGAGCAUAAAACGCAGUGAGUUUGAAAGUAUUUAAACAUAAAUUAAUAAGGAAUUAAACAUGAAGGUGCAGUAUAUUAAUAAAUUGGAUUCAGUUAAAGUAAUAUUUUUGUCCUGUAGUUUCAAAAAAAUUGUGAUUUUUUUUAGAUAAAAGGGGUGGAAUUGAGAAAACACAGAGAGUGAUAAGUAAGGUGGAUGAGCAGGGGAGAAAUAGCUAGGAUAAAAUUAAAAUCGGGCAUAGAGAAAGGGAAUUGGAUGGCCACAAGCCUCACCAGUAAUUAAUCGUCUGAUUAUGACUGGAUUUAUUAUGUUUGAACUCGACCCAAGCAGCCAAAAUACAGUAGCUAUGGAUGGUCGCUGAGUUGAAGACAAUAAAGUGUGUGGGCGGGGGGGGUGGGGGGAGAAAACUUCUGAAUGUCAAAAGAACCUAACAAAAACAAUUGUCCAAGAACACUUUUAAAGUAGAUGUGGUAGGAGUCCUUUUACACACAUUUUGUUAUCCUGCCAUUUUCCAUUGUUUCCAAUUUGUGUAAUUAUUCAGGGUCUGAUGGGAUUUGAUUCUCCAAAUCUUGUCCAUGAAAAUGAUUCUGAAACAUUUCUAAAUGGAGAUAUGAAAUGGGCUUUGACAUUCAAGGCCCUUGCUGAAUAACUUGACCUGCUGUAAUCUGUAUUCUGGCACAAAGAAAAGCUUCUGUUGUUAAUCAUAACAUGAACCUGUGACUAAUCUCAUACUAAGUCUAAGAAUUUGUGCUGGAAUAUUGCAGCCACAUUUGGAUAAUUUAACUGGUACAAAAUUAGGUAAAUAAAGAGCUACUGAUCUUAAAUUAUCGGCUAAUCAAUAUUUGGCAGUCUAUAUCUCAACUAAAUAAUGUUGUUCCUAUGAGAAAAUAAUUGCAGUCCCUACCUCUCCCAGUUACAUACUCAUCCUAUUUUCCCCACAUUUGACUCCUGGGUUCUUAAACAGAAAAGGAGGACCCACACCCACCCACUCUUGCCAUCAAAAACAUUCCUCAGUCUCAGGCCUCAUGAGGGUGCUGUUCAUUAAAUGCUCACUAGCAGCCAUCUGGAUCAUUGAAGGCCUUGUUGACUAUGACUUCCAUUCCCAUUGGGAAAGGUAACAUUUUUUGCCUGGGUUUGGGUGACUGGUCUUGCAUGGGCCAAUUGGAGAUUUUACACUUCGGUACAUUAAACCCAAACAAAUCCAUAAAAUGAACAUAAAAACAAGUUUAGCAUGUAUUUAUUGUCUUGAUUAUCAACCUUUGUUAUGCAACUUUUGUUAUCUUAAAAUGUGUCAAGCAUUAAUCCAUGUUCAACAAGGUCUGUGUUGGAUUGAAACUCUUGUAUGUUGGUGCAGCAAAUCACCUGGGAGUAAGCACCAAAAGGAAUUAAUUCCCAUUAAUAGCAAUGCUUUCAUUUCUUUCUCUGGUUGGCAUUUUGCCCCGAUUAUUGUCUUUUAUGACAGGUCCGUUCCAUUCUUCACACGGGGAUUAACUGUGAGCUUUAACUGAAGUAAAAUCUCACCUUUGCCUUAAAAAUUCAAUUGUAGGUUUAAUUGUUUGCUAGUCCUGUUGUAAAUCUUCUGAAAGUUGACCUUUGCACUGCAGACCUGUCACUUUGAAGGGUGCAGAAUGCAUGCAGAUUGGAACUUUAGCUAGUUAAACUAUUCCUUAAGUACAGAUGAGAUGAAGCAUCAGCUGAAAUUGUUCUUUUCUGAAAAGUUAUGCAGAGGUGUCCAUCUGAUUAGAAUGGACUGAACUAAUAGUUUUUUUCCCAAGACAAAGAUCCUUGCAAAAGAUGGCCACCUUUCUCAUUGUAAACUCUCUCCCAAUGUGGAAUGGAGACAGAUUUGGUUGUUGCUAAGAGGCCAAAAUUUGCCUCAGAGUCUAAAAUUGAUCCGGAAUGCUCUCGACUUUGAUGCAUCUGUGGAUGUAUAGUCUAAUGGUACUUACUACAUGGACUCAGAUGUGAAGAAUGACUAGAUGGGCAUGGUGGUAGAAAAUGGUUGCCCCAGCACAAACUUACACAAGGGGCAGACAAACAGAAAGAUAGGUUGUUUUUUUAAUAUCCACACUAAAUAACAGUCAAAGCAUAAAACAAAAGCUUCACAAAGAAAUGAAAGUCAUCAACUCAAGCAGCCAUCUAUGACUGCUGCUCAUUGGUCUUUGAGAUCACUGGUCCUUCAUCUUCGUCUAUCUCUGUUUUAUGUUGCACACUGUAAGGUUAGCACAUGUUUUUGUUAAGCAAAUUGAGAGUAAAAAUCUUAAACUGGUAGAUUUCUUUCCUAAGGCAGCCAAAGAAUAUAUGUCAGGAGGCUAUUAGUAAAAAUACUUGAAAGAAGAAAAAAUCUUGGUAUGGUUGAGAUUUACCACUUCAUUUGGAGCCCCUAAUGAUAAAAGUAAUUUUACCUUAAAUGGUUCAUUCAUCCCCCAGGGAUUUCACAAUACAACUUUGCUCCACAGGUGAUAGCUCAGAAAAUAGUACUGGCCUUUGUCUUUUCAUCUGGCAGUGUUCAGUGGCAGACGUCACCACGAAGUGAAUUUUCUUGAUGCUUGCCAUUCCCACUGACGAGGCUGAGCGCUGAAGUUAUUUUCAUGAUCAUUCCCAAUGUCAAUUCUUGUCUAUCAUCAGCUCCUGAUUUUUGUGGCAGCACUUCAUCCCUUGUAAUACAAAGCCUUUUAGGUCCCCUCAGCCUUAAUUCUCUUGACCUGAUUCCAAGACCCGAUGACGUGUCAAGUUUCAGCUCAAAAAAAGGAACAAAUUGCAUCGUUAAAGCAAUAUUCCCAAAGUGAUAGUGGUGCGGAAGCACAAAGGAAAAUGGCAGUUGACAAUCAGAUUUGUGCUGGUCAGUGGCAUUGUAUAGGAUUGCAUUUUCUUUGCUUCUUUGGCGCAAUGCAGCAAAGGCAAAAAAGCAAGGCAAAAAGGCAAGGCAAAGCGGCCAAAUGGAAAAUGUAUGCAGUGCAGUCUUUUUCCCCCAUACCAGAUCUUUCUUGAGCCACAAAACAGAGGUUAGCAGCCCUGCACAUCCUCUAGUACUCACCAUUUUGGUGCCAAACUUCCAGCUGCUGCCAGCAACUGCAGGAUCAAAAGAGCAUGAGGAGUUGUGGGAAAUCUUUGAGGAAGAGGUGGCUGUGUUGGGGAAGAUGAAAAAGGCCUGACAACAUGGUGGUGAGCCUGGUCCACAAAAGUGUAUCGUGCAAGGAGGAGCUACUGGAGGUGUCACCUAACCUAAACCAAGAAAAAGAGCUGGUUCUUUCGUGACAGGCUUAAUAAGUAAACAGCAAACAAAGUAAACUUCUAAACUGAAGUAUCCAGUCCGUCAUCUAGUUUCUUAUGCUCUCCAUUGGCUUGAAGAGCAGACGUGUGCAACCAGAACAGCCACCCUGUAAAUGCUAGGAAUACAUACCAGCCCUGAAUACCCUCAUUUAUUUAUUUUUUACAAUGCUGUAAAUUUUCUUCAAAUCACUCACUUUUUCUGUGUAAUGUUUGCUUACUAUCACACUGGUUUCGCUAAUCUUUCACCUGUGUCAACCCAUACACUCCUGCUCCCAGCAUUGAGACCAGGCAUUAUCAUAAUGAUCAUCUGAUUCUGUACAACAUCUGAAGGUAAUCAGACUUAUGGUCUUAGUACAUCUGUCAAAACUUAAGUCAGUAAAAUUUACCAAUUUCCAUGUUUGUAUCAGUAACUUUUCCAUAAAUCCAUAUUAAACACAAGUGAUAUGCCAGUCAAUGUAAUGAUAAUGGGAUUUCAAAAUAUUAACUUAAAAGAAAGGGCAGGGAAAUGAAUUAAUCAAAUGGAACUGACUAGCUGUGCUGACCCAAAUAGUUCUAUGCAGUGAAAUUGUACAGUACAAUUUUGUGCUUCUAUGAUUUUUUUCAUAUAGAGAAUGUGAGAUUAUCAAUUGUUGCUAUUUGUUCAAACUGUUACUUUUUGAAAAUAAUGGGUUAAUGUCUGAUUAUAGAUGCCCAGUGCAGCAGAUGUAUAUUGGCUAUAUUGUUCUUCACUCUGCCAAUUUCAAUGUAGUUAUGCCUAAAUAUUGUGAUUUUUAAAUAUAUAUAUAUAUUUUGAGGGCAGAAGUCCAGGCAUCUUCUUUUGUCAACCUGGAAACUGCUACGUGAUAGCUCCACACAGCUGCUUCACCUUUUCUUACUGCGUUCCUCCUACUUGUUAUAGUGGAGGUUUAGUACAUGUGAAAUAAAUGGAUUAAUUCUCGUGAAAGUAGGAGAUGGAAAUUUCAAUAGAAAGACAUUAAAUGCCAGUGUAAUGACAAGCCACUUUAAUUGGUGUUUAAUCUUUCUGUCUUUGAUUAAUGAUUCCACAAUGUGAUAGUUAUUUAUUGUGCAAAGGAUAAUACACAGCAGACAACUUGAGAGCAAGAUUUCUGCCUAAUCAUCAAGACCUUCAAAUCAUACAGACUCCCCUGAGUUUUACUUGUGUUCACUUGGGCUCACUUUAUUCAAUUGCAGAUUAAACAAGGAGCAGAGGGCAUCCCAUUUAUAAACCUGGAGUAAUGGAUACAGUUUUUGUCUCCUCCUUUGUAUUCACUUCAGUAGUGAGUUCAGCAAUGAGUCACCAGACUGACUACUGAGAUAGAGUAUAUAAUGUAUAUUUCUUAGAAUUCAGAAUAACAUUGAAACAUGGUAACAUUCUUUAAGGUGUAAUAGGGUAGAUGCAGGGGGCUUUUUGGGAAGUCCAGAUCUCUGGCUUGCCAGCUCAGGAUAAUAAGCAAGUCUUUUAAGACUGAAAUCAAGUAAAGAUUGUUUAACUUAAAUGGUUAUGAAUUUUUUGUGCUCUUUAAAAGGCUGUGAGUACUCAACCAUUUAUAUUGAAAAUUAUAUUGAAAGUAGGAGGGAUGAGAGGAAAUUUGGGCAGUGCAGCAAGGUGGAAUUGGGAUAGUGGGCUUAUGGCUCGUGGAGCAAUCUCAAGGGGCUGAAUGGCCUUGUAUUUCCGAUUGAAGUUCAACUGUCCAAUCAAGGUAUUGGAUUUUGGUUCCAAUCAUUUGAUUGGGUAUGAAUUCAAGAUCUUCCAUAAGUUUACUGGAGUUGACCAGGUGGUGUUUGAUCGUGUGGAUUUCGGAAGAGAACUAACUUGUCUCUAAACAGCAUGAGCACAAUGUUGAAAUUGUCUGUGGCCUUGGUGGGGAGAUUAUUGCACCUUUUAAGGAAAAAGGUAGCUAAAGAAAGUUCCAGGACGUUGGUGAAAGUGCAGUGGAUUGGGUUAGUUGUGGAUUUUUCCAGCAAAGAAUACAAUGUACUGAAUAGCCUCAUUCAGUGCAGUAUUCCUGUCUGCUUCUGAAAAAGACAUCAAAGGGGAUGGCAAUUUUUUAAUACAGCCUUGUCAAAGACUAUCACUCAUGAAAUAAAAGACGAGCUUGUUGACUGAUUGUGUAUUGUUCAUUUUAUAUAUAUGCAUGCAAAUGGCUUACUUUCACAAUAAAAAAGAUUUAAUUGCUCUUUAA